AUGCCCUCAUCUUUCGCAAGGAUUUUUGCUUAUUUUGGAAUUGCCUUGACGUUUCUAACCAAAACUUCAGGAUCACCGCUUCUGGCAGAUUACUAUCGAGCGUUUCCUGAGAUUGGUCUCAGUCUGGACCUGAGAGAACGACUGCCCCAAUCAACAAGUGGGUGGUCAGAAGUGACUGGGUGGACAGACACACACCUUUCAGUCACAGGUCGUUUUCUGUGCGGAGCACCACUGGGAAAUAAAGCUUCACAAUUCAGCAUUCCAAAAUCUGGAAUUUAUUUUGUUUCAUUUAGCGUACAUUUAGCUCAAGCAGAUACUGGAGUAUUUCAAGCGGCUUUGAUUAUAAAUGGACAAAUAGACAAGAGUAACAAGGCAAUGACCGCAGUCAAACAUGGCCGCCAGGCAGGCGACUUCAGUUUAGUGGUCAGCGGAUUUAUGGACUUGAGAUCAAGUGAUUAUGUCUCCGUAUAUGUCUACUCGGAAAAGGACACAGAUUGGGUCUUAGAAGACGAUAGUCAGUUCUCGCUGCGUUAUUCUGGCUCUGUUGGAUUUUUCCCAGCGUUUUCCGCCAUAAAACACAGUGCUGCAACUUUCAAUUCCUUUUCAUCCUCUAAUGUCAUUCGUAAUUGGGAGACAAGUGGUUCUGUCGGGUUAUUUGUCAGCCUCGCGCGAUUUUCCUCAUCCAUUGGUGAGUUUGUCCCAAUUUGCGACGGUAUAUAUUUCGUGGCUGCAAAUAUACGUGCACAGGCCAGACCUGGUUUGUAUAAGUUGUAUUUAUCAGUCAAUGGUGAAAGUCUUGGUCCGUAUUACGAUGAAAACGUAGUUAUCUCUGACAGUAUUUUCACUAUGAACCUCCACGGAUCAUUCUACUUCAAAGCAGGAGAAACUGUAGCACUUACAAUCAACUCUUCAGGUUCGGAUGCAAGCUUAACAAUACACUCAAACAGCGGUUUUUCUGCUAGUUACGUCGAUGCCUUUAAUCAGAGCUCCCUUCAAGGUUUGUCUACAGUCACUGAAACAACCAAUAAAAUUCCAGGUAUUGGUUGGAUGGAAAUAACUACCUGGUCUAAACCUUCUAUUGCGCAUGUCCAGUUCUACAACCCGGAAGUGUUUCAGAAUGGAAGGUUCACCUGCAGUCAGGGAGGGAUAUACUAUGUAUCUGUUUCCCUGCGAGUACGAGGUAGUAGAGGAACUUUUGACUUGUUAGUCAAAUCAAGUGGUACCUCACAAUUGAAUGGUAACGCCGGUCUGUACACGACACGCUACAAUUCUGAACAAACCGGGUACUUUUCCUUGUCAGUCUCAGGUCUCUUGGAGCUCAGCAAGGGGCAACAUGUGUCGGUUUUUGUUCAUUCAAGUCUUCCUGACAAAUGGCUUGUUGACCCAGACAGCAGACUGUCUAUUAUGAAAACACGGUACUACUGGCCAGCGGCAAAUAGUUAUCUUGACAGCUACCAUAGGACUACAGCCGGCAAAUGGGAAGAGAUUGGAAACUGGAGACAAACUGAGGAGGGUGCUUUCUCAUUUGGGACAAAUUUUAACUCAAGCAGUUCCCGCUUUGUCAUCACAUCCCCUGGGGUUUAUUUUGUUUCUACAAAUCUGAUCAUGCGUACUAAUGGUACUCAAAUUUCGGCGGUAAUCGCUAUCGAUGGAGAAGCUAACAAAGAUAACGGCUUACAUGCAACUCUUACAUACCCGCCGGCCACCUCAACCCUUAAUAUUGCAGGCUCACUUAAUCUUGCACAGGGUCAAGAAGUAUCGGUCUACGUUCGCUCGGAAAGCAAUGACACUUGGGAAGUCUUGGAAAGGAGCGGAUUUUCCACCGUUUUCAUCGGUAAAUCUUUCGCAGUCCCAAGCUUCCAUGUUGUUAAAGGCACCCAAACAACAAUAAGAACAAUCAACUGGGUUGAAAUUGAUGAGUGGCAAAAGCCUGGAGAGAGACAAACAUUUACUUUUCAAAAUGGGGCUGGUCUUGAUAGCGGUCGCGGUAUUUAUCUUGCCCCGGUCAGUGGUAUCUACUUUGCUUCGUGUAUGCUUGUCACCCGGGAUGUCGAUGUAAACAAUUCGGGUUCUUCUUUGGAAGUGUACAUUGGCGUUAACGGUCAAGCAUCUCUUACUAAUGGUCUGCAAAAUACUCGUUACAUUCAAGGUACUAACUCACCUACCGGAAAUGACGUCAUGAGCGUCUCAGUUUCAGGUAUUGUGCAGCUGAGGCGUGGAGACUACACUGUGAUACGCGCUCGCGCAAAUAUGGAUUUUGAUUGGAAAGUGGACAGCACCAGUAGCUUUUCAAUGUUUUUAGUGAGUCCAUCUGAUAUUCCGUAUGGGAAUGUGGGAUUUUUGUCCCGGAAAAGUGAUACAAGAAUAAAAAGCUUUGGUUCGGGAAGUUGGUCCAAGAUCGGUGGCUGGGCAACCCAGUCUGAUCUGACUAACGGACUAUUCCUUAAAAACGAUGGCAGUUUUACUUACGAUGCACUUAGUGGAGACUUGAAAAUAAAUCAUGCUGGAAUUUAUUUCUUAUCAGCCAAUGUCAUUGUAUCAAACACCCCAGAGUCUUGUGACGUGACUGUUCGUGUGUCCGAUAGCAAUGGAGGGGGAACUCAAGACCUUGACGCUGGGUUCUCGGCCGUUGAACAAAAACCUUACGCAAGUGGAAAAUACACCUUGUUAUUCACUGGCGCUCUUUUCCUGCAUAGGAAUCGAAAGAUCCACGUGGCUGUGCGGUCUGGCAGUGCUAACCCAUUCACUGUGUGGGAAGGCAGCGGCUGGUCAGUUUCACGCCUUAUUUACCCAAUCGAAGAACCUGGAUUUUAUGCCCGAAUAACUGCUCUACAUCCAGUAAAUGGACAAGCUUCAAGAUGGGAGAAAAUAACUGCAUGGGAGACAUCCGGAGGUAGCGGCCUUCAUAUUGAUGGUCACGGCUUCAGCUCACUAGCGGGUAACUUCAUUGUUCCUUUAUCAGGAAUUUAUUUAGCUUCAACAAGUGUGGCGAUUGAAAACAUCCAAACUUCUGCGAAUGCUUAUGUAAAGAUUUCCGUUAACGGGGACACGUCUGUUAAUAAUGGACUGGAGUCGAGUCAUUUCGUUAAGAGAGGCACAAGAGCAGUUAUUGUGGCCACCGGCAGCAUGAAACUGUUGCAAGGCACGAUGGUUAGUGUGAUGUUAAGAUCAGAUAACUCGUCUUCUCUCAAAAUUACUGAAGGCAGCUAUUUCAGCAUGCGUUUUAUAUCUGAGAGCGGUAAAACAGAAGGAAACAUGGCGGACCGAUAUAGUGAUAUCACUUUCACUACCAGCGGGUGGAAAGAACUCGUCAGUUGGAAAAUCGCUGGCUUCAACGGGCAGUUUCAAGUGGGCUCUAUUCAUCAGACCACAGAUCGAUUCGGUGUUCCAAAGCGUGGCGUUUAUUUCGUCACUGCCAACAUCCAGCUCUUCGAAACUAAUGGAUUAGUAAAAAUUGGCAUUGUAAUUAACAGUGCAAAUGACACAGCGGUUGUAGCUAAGAAAACAUGCGUCGCGUGGGAGAUUUGCUCAUUAAAUCUCGCCGCGUCUUUAGAACUCGAGGAGGCAACGUUUGUAUCAGUGUACGUGUAUUCGAAUGAUGAAGACCACUGGACAGUCUCAAGCCAAUCAAGCAAGUCUAAUUUAUUAUUCAGCCCAGUCUCACCGUCCACUGUUGUUCAAGGAUUUCUUGCUCGUGUCUCAUCGAACAUUUCCGUCGGUGGCCGACAACUUUCUGAUUGGUUCCGAGUUACAAACUGGAAUAUAACCGGGCGUCCUGGUUAUUUCCAGACCAUAAGUGGAUUUUCUAAAAAUGGGGCCUUUGUUGUUUCCACGACAGGUGUUUACAUUGUAACUGUGAAUUGGAUUCUAAAUUGCACAGACAUCAUUGGAUGUGACUUUGAAAUGCUAGUGGCUUUUAAUGGGAGGCUGUCGUCCAGUUCUGGUUUGUAUUCAAGGCAGACUGUCUCUUCUUUAAGUGUUGACACGCUGAACAUAAUGACCGUAGUUCAACUGUUUAAAUGGGAUACACUCACAGUAGUUUUGCGCUCGGAUACAUCCUAUGAAAUCCUCGAGGACAGCACAUUCUCAGUUGUCAUGCAUGCUUCUGCCGGGGGUCCAUUCUUGUGUUCCAACAAGGGUCCUACUCUCAUUCAGGAACUGUCGCCUGCUUAUCUCCGCGCAAGGGUUGGUAAUUCUGUCACGUGGUCAUGUGAGGCUGUCGGGGAAAGUUUACCUAAAUACCGCUGGUCAAAAGACUACAAGGUGACUUAA